AUGAACGUGGAGCUUCGUGUUGGCAAUCGUUUCCGAAUCGGGCAAAAGAUUGGGUCAGGCUCCUUCGGUGAGAUUUUCCGCGGUACAAACAUCCAGACGGGUGAGGCGGUGGCCAUCAAGCUCGAACAGUACAAAACACGGCAUCCACAGUUAAUCUAUGAAGCACGUUUCUAUCGCAUCCUUAACAGUGGUGGUGGCGCGGUUGGCAUCCCGAUAGUGUUUUAUCAUGGCACUGAGGGAGAAUUUAAUGUGAUGGUCAUUGAACUUCUCGGUCCCUCUCUCGAAGAUCUCUUCAGUUUCUGUGAUCGGAGGCUAUCCCUAAAAACAACACUGAUGCUUGCCGACCAGAUGAUCAGCCGUAUUGAGUUUGUACAUAGCAGGAGCAUUCUCCAUCGAGACAUCAAGCCCGACAACUUUCUCAUGGGUACCGGUCGUAAAGGUCAUCAUGUCUACAUCAUUGAUUUUGGGCUAGCUAAAAAAUAUCGCGACCCACGUACACAUCAGCACAUCCCAUAUAAGGAGGGAAAAUCCUUGACGGGUACUGCGCGCUAUUGUAGCAUUAACACUCAUAUUGGUAUCGAACAGAGCCGACGAGAUGACCUGGAGGGUAUUGGAUAUAUUCUCAUAUACUUUCUGCGUGGCGCCUUACCGUGGCAGGGCCUGAAGGCACACACCAAGCAAGAGAAAUACAACCGUAUAUCUGACCGGAAGCAAUCGACACCAAUCGAGCUGUUGUGCAAGGGUUUGCCACAACAGUUCACAGCGUACAUGAACUAUGUUCGUUGCCUCCGGUUUGAGGAUAAGCCGGACUAUAACUACUUGAAGCGCGUCUUCCGUGAACUGUUUGUGCAAGAGGGAUAUCAUGUUGACUAUGUCUUUGACUGGACUCUGAGACGUAUUCAUGAAAGUCUCCACGAAGAAGCAAAUGGUGGUGGUAAUAAUGCUACCCCACAAGGUGAGGAGAACUCGCAACGACAGCCGCAACCGCAAGAGGAUGCGGAAGGCGGUGCACCUCCGCAAGCUUAA